AUGCGUAUAGAAGAUUUAACAACACAAAUGCAAAGAUUGGAAGCUAAAAAUCAACAAAAUUCUCUUGAACAAAAAUUACAAUUAGAAAAAGAAUAUAUUAAUCAAAUAAAUGAAUUAAAAAGUCGACAUAUGGAAGAUAUACGUGGUCAACAACUUGCUUAUAAUACUCAUUUAGAAACAAUUCGUGCUGAUCACGAACGAGCAUUAUCAUUAGAAAUUGAAAAACAAAAUGUUCAACAGCAAUCCAAUCUUGAACAAUUACGAAAAGAUUUAGCUCGAACACAUUCAAAUGAAAUAGAAGAAAAAGAGCGAGCUCAUGCAAAAGAAGUAACUGCUAUUCGUCUUCAAUUAGAUCGUGCUCUUGAAAUAACUAAAAUCAAAGAACGUGAAGCUGAUUUACGUAUUGAAGAUCUUACUAGUGAUCUUAAUACAAAACAAGCACGUGUUGAUAAUUGUCUUCGUGAUUUACAUGAACUUGAAAAUCAAGUUCAAGAAUUACAAAAUGAUCUUAGUAUACGUAGUAAAGAAAUGAAUCGUAUUCGAAAUGAAACACAGAAAGAAAUGAAACAACGUGAAGAAAAAUUACGUAGCCAAAAUGAUGAAAAAAUUCGUGAUCUUAUUAAAACACAUGAAAAUGAACAAAAACAAUUAUUAGAAGAAUUUUCUAAAGCACAUGAUCUACUUAAAACACGUGUAUCUGAACUUCAAAUGAAUUGUAAUGAAGCUGAAGAACGAUAUCGUAAACGUGAAUCACGAACAGAAGAUCUUGAUUUAAUAUCAACACUUCAACAUACAAUUUCUGCUUAUCAAGAACAAAUGAAAAAAAUUCAUGAUGAAAAGAAAUUUCUUCAAAUGGAAUUAGUUAAUAGAGAAACAAAUUUUAAUAAAGUUUUUACUAAUGCACCGUCUUCCACAGUUGGUGUUAUGAAUCCUUUAUCAUUUAAUACAAAAUUUGUGCCUCGUAGUUCCGAUGGUUCUGGUGUCUCUCGUCUCAAAUCUCAAUCACCACGUCCAUCUAGACUUGAGCCAUUAGCGAAUGUUGAAAGUCCACAUGAAUUACCAAUAAAAUCAAGCAAACCAUUAUUACCCAAACGUUUUAUUAAGUAA